GCACAACCACACAUCCGACAAAAUGGCACCUGCAGCAACUGGAGGCAAGAAGCAGAAGAAGAAGUGGUCCAAGGGCAAGGUCAAGGACAAGGCCAACCACGCUGUCGUCCUCGACAAGCAGACCAACGACAAGCUCCAAAAGGAUGUCCAGUCCUACCGCCUCAUCACCGUUGCCACCCUCGUCGAUCGCUUGAAGAUUAACGGCUCGCUUGCACGGAAAGCGCUUGCCGACCUCGAGGAGAACGGCCAGAUCAAGAAGGUCGUGGGACACUCGAAGUUGAGCAUCUACACACGAGCAGUCGGCGCAACAGAGUAAGCGGCUCGCCUCGGACAAGUGAACGAUUGUGGAUGCGAGACACGGGUGCUUCUUUCAGCUUUUCAACGACAUUCCUCUUUCCCGUCUACCAAUCGGCGUCUUCAUGAUAUGAAAGGGUCAUACUACAUUGGGCAUGCGUUCAUGGCGAACAUGAAUUGAGAGGACGGGCUCGGCUAAAGCACCGAGUCCGCGGCCAGGUGUCGGUUAUGUAUUGAAUGAAAAAGAUAUCCGAACAU